AUGUGGGAUAUGGGAUUGCAGGAUGCAGAAACUUCACUCACCCCUUCUUUUAAUUUCUGCAAGAAUGGGGGCACCUGGAGGAAGGAUGGAUGCCUUUGCCCAGAACAAUGGACAGGACUGAGGUGUACUAUAGUUAAUUUCUGUAACAAAAGCUCCUUUGGCCACCUUAAUUUCGACAUUAUCAUAGUACACAAAUAUGGACCUUCCAUAGAAAAAUGUGGAAAGGACACCCCAAAUGUGGACUUGCCAAAGGCAAGUAGGUAUUGCAACAAGACCAUUUAUGGUGACAUAAUCUUAGGAAAUGUCUCAGAAGUGAACUGUAACCAAAGCCUGAAGACACUGGCAGCUCAGGUAGAAAAUAUCCCAGAACAAUCUCUUAAUAUUUCGAAGGAAGUCCUGCUUUUAACCUCCGAUACAAACAAACUGACCGCUGAGAAUGUCUCAUCUGCUACCAUUGUGGUGCAGCAGAUUUUCAACCAGUCCAGAAAUGCAACAGAUGAGGCAAAGAAAAUUGCAGUAACCACAGUAAGCCAACUUCUAGAUGCCAAAGAAGCUAUUUUUGAAAAUUCUAGCAGCUUUAUGAACCUCACUAAAGAAUUGGAGACUUAUUCCUCAUCUUUGAUGAAUAAGUCUAUAGUCCAGCCCAACAUUGCCCUUCAAUCUGUUGACCUCCCCACAGAAAAUACUUCACAGCCUAUAGCUGUUCUUUUUUCUGUUCAAAGAGGAACUAAUAAUAUUCUGGAUUCAAAACAAAUACAAAUAGAUAUAAAUAAGACGCUACAACCAGAGGACCAAAUGGAGUUGCAGAUCCUAAUUAAUACCACGCAAGAUACCCAUAAGAAACUUGGCUUUGUUCUGUAUCAAAAUAAUAAAUUUUUCCAGUCAAAAUCCUUCACCAGCAGAACAAAUUUUAGUCAAAGAAUUAUUGCAGGCCAAGUUGCUGAUGCUAAUAAUUCAGAGGCAAAGAAUGCUUCUGUUGAAAUAAUCUUUAAACCAAGGUACAGUGAGUCUCAAUUCUUGCUGAAUUCAUAUGCCUGUGUCUUUUGGAACUUUACAAAAAAUGACUGGGACACUUCUGGGUGUAAAAAGAAACCCUUCAAUAGCUCUCAAUUCCUUGGAUGCCAAUGCAACCACACCACUAAUUUUGCUGUAUUGAUGAAUUUUAACAAAAAUUAUCAUUAUUCGGACUCUCUCAAUAACAUAACUAAAUUUGGUUGUGGAUUAUCCAUUGUUGGUUUGGCUCUUACAAUUAUAUUUCAGAUUACCACCAGGAAGCUAAGAAAGACUUCAGUUACUUGGGUGUUCGUGAGUUUCUGCACAUCAAUGCUGAUUUUCAACAUCCUCUUCCUCCUUGGAAUAGAAAACUCUAAUAAAAAUGAAAAUAGGACUAUGCUCCAUAAAGAUGACAAUAAUUUGUUUCCAGAAGAUAUUAAUAUUCCAAAAAAUCAUAAAUGCACAGUGAUGGCUGUCUUACUGCAUUAUUUUCUGCUAGUGACAUUUACUUGGACAGGACUCAAUGCUGUACAACUCUACUUUCUUCUGCUCAGAGCCAUGAGGCCUCUCCCUCAACAUUUUACUCUCUUUCUAUCUCUAAUUGGAUGGGGAGUACCUGCUAUAAUAGUGUCUUUAACAGUGGGAAUUAUUUACCCACUAAAAGGGGCUUUAGGAUACCGACAAGAAGAAAUAUGUUGGCUCACAGUUCCAGAAAAUGGCUAUCUGGAGAGUCCAUUGUUGUGGUCAUUCAUUUUACCUGUGCUUAUCAUUUUGAUCACCAAUACUGUAAUUUUUGUUAUCAUCGCAGUCAAAGUUCUGUGGAGAAGAAAUGACAACUUGACCAGCACAAAAAGGAGCUCAUUCACGAGGAAGAUUCUUAGCACAUUAUCCAUUGUUGUAGUUUUGGGGCUUACUUGGAUUCUGGGUUACCUAACACUAAUAAUGGAUAAUGAUAUGAAAAUCAUCUUCAACUACUUAUUCUGCAUUUUCAACUCAACACAGGGAUUGCAAAUUUUCAUCUUAUACACUGCUAAAACAAAAGUCUUCCAGAAUAAGGUUUCUGAUAUGUUCAAGUCAAUAUCAUCUACCACUGGAAAGAUGAAAAUAUCUUCUAUGAAGUCAAUUUCUCUACAUGCACAGGUGUAUGAAAUGAUAAGGUCCUUUCCAAGCAGAAUCGAGCGCUUCAGGCUGUUUGAUCCAUCUCCAGUUUCUGAGGAGACAUUCCUUUCUGAAAGUAGCCAAAGUAAUUCAUGCCACAAAACUGUAAAAGUAUGACUUUGGUAACCUAUUUUUGAUAAUAUCAGAUAUGAAUUUUAAAUGAUU